UUAAUUUUUUUUUUUAUCUGUGAGAUUUGAGUGCUGGAUAAAUUAGUUAAAUAAAGUAAAUGCUUUGUUAGUGAUUUACCUUCUAUGUCCAGACAUAUUCUAGCCACUCAUUAAGUUAAGCGCCACUGGGAGGAAAGCAAAUCAUCAAUAACAUAAAAAUGGGAAUGAAAGAGAGAAGCAGAGAAGGCAUUGCUUCUUCUGUAAAAUAAAGUUCAUGAGACCUGAUAUUUCCCCAUCUGUCGGGAGUGUUGUAAAGAUUAUGAAAACAUUAGCGUUUGUAAAAUAUAACUCUGUGCCAGAAAGGCAAAUAGAGUAUAAUGAAAGAAGCGACCAAAGCUGCAUGAUGACAUUUAUUUCAUAUGGUAACAUCCUUUUUUUCAUUAACAGGAAAUGUUAGGGCAAAGUACCUGCUUCUUAGGAGUGGGAAAGGUAAAUGAAAACUGAACAAAGAUUCAUCAAGUCUUCUUUAUGAUAACGUAAACCUUUAAGACUGUGUUUUCCAUAGAAUUAGAAACGUGGAAUUUCAUAGUAAAAGUAUAUUUAUCACCUUGUUUGGGGAGCAGAUUUUAAGCAUGAUCAGAGGAGAACGCCUGUUUUGACACUCUGUGGGGAAGGUGCGAACAUUCGGGCAGACUCUGUCUAGGUGUGGCGUAAACAAGAGUGCUUUGGCUAGCAUCCUGCAAGGAGUCGGGUCUAAACGGUCUGCUCCAGCUUCUGCUGCUGCCGCCGCUGCUAAUACUGCUGGGAAGGACAAGUGGCUGACCUGGCGUAUCCUUCACUCUGGUGCUGCUCCGGUCACUCAGGAAGUGCUGCUUAAGGGAACCUCCGGGAUCCUUUUCAUGGCACCAUGGCAAGAAGAAGCAGUAUCUUGUCUGUUGAAGAUAAAGCAUGGAAUUGGCUAAUGGACGCUGAACUAGAGCGCCGUCUGCCCCUCAGCUGUGUUUUGGCUGUGUGUGGGAUGCUGGGAAGGCCUGUCCGCGUGUGUUUCGUUGCACCUCGCCCUUGCUUCUUCGCGUUCUGUUGGUGAAUUUGGGUGGUUCUUUGCAGGCGCUGCUUGAGUCUGCGCUACUUGUCCCCGUCCCCUUGCUCCCUGAGGGUCGUGCUGGGGGUCGUGUCUCCACCUCCUUGGCCCUGUCCCUUGACAGACCCUUGGGCCCCCCGAUGGCUGCCUCCGAACCCCCGUGAGGGCGGGGAUAUCCCUUCCCUGCUGCUACAACUGAGCGCCCUGCGCCGGGUACCACGUGGCCCUCCACACCUGCUUUCGUCGUUAAGGCUUCCCAGGCUUUGGCUGUGGCUCAGUGAUGCUGCCGUCAGCACCCUCAAGCUUUCCUAGCCUCGGCUCUCAGUGGUAGCAGCAGGUGUUGGGAUCUCUCCAAGCCCCUAAGGCCCUGGGAGCAAGAGAAUGGCCGCUUGACAUAGACCUCAGGAGUUUUCAAAGCACCAAGAAACCUCUGCAGAAGAUACGUAAAGGGUCGUUGCUCCAGGGAGAACUGCAAAUAUCUUCAUCCACCCCCACACUUAAAAACACAGUUGGAGAUAAAUGGGCGCAAUAACUUGAUUCAGCAGAAGAACAUGGCCAUGUUGGCCCAGCAAAUGCAACUAGCCAAUGCCAUGAUGCCUGGUGCCCCAUUACAACCCGUGCCAAUGUUUUCAGUUGCACCAAGCUUAGCUACCAAUGCAUCAGCAGCCUUUAAUCCCUACCUGGGACCUGUUUCCCCAAGCCUGGUUCCGGCAGAGAUCUUACCGACCGCACCAAUGUUGGUCACGGGGAACCCUGGGGUCCCUGUCCCCGCAGCCGCUGCAGCUGCCGCUCAGAAAUUAAUGCGGACAGACAGACUUGAGGUCUGCCGAGAGUACCAGCGCGGCAACUGCAACCGAGGGGAGAAUGACUGCCGGUUCGCGCAUCCUGCAGACAGCACGAUGAUCGACACCAACGACAACACGGUCACCGUGUGCAUGGAUUACAUCAAAGGGAGAUGCUCUCGGGAAAAGUGCAAGUACUUCCACCCCCCGGCGCAUCUGCAAGCCAAGAUCAAGGCUGCCCAGUACCAGGUCAACCAGGCUGCUGCCGCGCAGGCUGCGGCCACGGCGGCCGCCAUGACUCAGUCGGCUGUCAAAUCACUGAAGCGACCCCUCGAGGCAACCUUUGACCUGGGAAUUCCUCAAGCCGUACUUCCCCCGUUACCAAAGAGGCCUGCUCUUGAGAAAACCAACGGUGCCACGGCGGUCUUUAACACUGGUAUUUUCCAGUACCAGCAGGCUUUAGCCAACAUGCAGCUGCAGCAGCACACGGCGUUCCUCCCGCCAGGCUCAAUAUUGUGCAUGACACCCGCUACAAGUGUUGUUCCCAUGGUGCACGGUGCUACGCCAGCCACUGUGUCCGCAGCAACAACAUCCGCCACAAGUGUUCCCUUCGCUGCAACCGCCACAGCCAACCAGAUACCCAUAAUAUCUGCCGAACAUCUGACUAGCCACAAGUAUGUUACCCAGAUGUAGAAUUUUCAUCACUAAACAAUCGUACUAAAGAGGAAAGGACAGUGUGCCUGGUUAUAGAGUAAAGACGAGGUCAUUAGCCAUAUUGUAUAUACCGUCAAGCAACCUCAUACAAAAACCCCUCAGCCACAAGACAUCCGCACACUGCAUGUUAACCAGAAGAAAAGUCAACAUGGAAACCCACCGCACACUGUUGCCUACACACUUUGUACAUUUAAUUGAUAUUUGUGCUGAGGUGAUACUCCUGUCUAAAAGAACAACAUUGUCUUUCUUUUCUAGCACAGAGUGAUGCAUUCAAAUAUGCAGACCUAAUUAGUUUCCUAUAUAUUCAUGCCAUCUUGAAAAGACAGACUAUGGUGUAACCAUGAUUCUAUUAUGUAUUGGUACGUCUGUAGACCAAGAUAUAAUUUUUUAAAAAUAAGUUUAUUUCUUUCAAGGUUUACAAAUAACAAAGGUGCACCUUGUAUUUAAAAUUGCCAUUAUAGAUGAGAGCGUGCAUGCACAGUCAUUUUUGUUUGAGUAAUAUUUUUAAUGUAAUAGAUUUUAAGAUGUGGUGAGGGAGGGAUCUGACAGAGAUGAAUGUGCCAAGCAAAACCACAACUGUGUAUCUUUUAAAGCACAUCAUGGCUUUAAGUACCAUGUUGUUAAGGAUUCUCAUGAAGUGCCAUAGACUGUACAUCAAAGUAGAGUAUUAUUUCUUCAGUGUUAUUGUUUUCAGAGCCACAUUUUGUUGCUUAUUUGCUAGUACUAAUCAGUCAAAGGGCACCAUUCUUUUUUUUUUUUUUUUUUUGGAAACCAAAGCUGUCUCAGAAAUGGCCGAUUUAACUUUACAGUAACAAAAUAGACAGCACAACACAGACUCUCAAUACAGAUAAACUCACACAUACUGGAGAUUAUAUAUAAUAGAUAUAUAUAAAAAUUAUUUUAAUGCAUCGUAGUGUAAUAUUUAUGCCUACUAUACUGUAUAACAUGUUAUUCAAAAGGGAUAUGCCAUUUCUGAGACACGAUAACAAAAAAAAAGUUUGAGGAAAUUAUUUUGCUUCUAUUUAUAGCUCUGUCAAAAGUCAAAAGACUCUAAAUGCUUUGCAAAAAUGGUUUCACAUUUGCUUAAAUGCUUCGUCACAGUCACAUUUAAAAUAGUGACUCUAAACAGAGAAGACAGCAGCACUGUCAUCAGAUGCAUGAUAAACCAAAACAUGAAAAUGGGAAAUGUUUAAGUAAUCUAGUCAUUGGGUGGGUUAAGUACAUGGGUGAAUUUUAUAUGUGAUUUGUUUUGUUUCGUUUUGUUCAGAUUUACUGCUUAUAGCCUUAGAAAGCCUUUUACAAAUUAAAAAAAAAUAGAUGUGCAUUCAGUUUUUAAGAAUGGAUUCAUCCAAAGGAAUUCCUUUUUUGUGGUUUGGAUGUUGCAGCUAGUAAAGGAUAUUUUUGCUCUGUUCAGCAGUUCUAAAAAUUGCUGAAGUAGGGGCCAGGUCACUGGUAGUUCUAGUAUGGAAUGGGAGAAGUGAAAGUUCAGUUCUAGAACUUUCCAUACUUCCAAGUUUACUGCAAGUUUUUAUGCUUGAGAGAGAUGCUUUCUAAUAUAAGACUGAUGUGUUGAUUUUACUGAUUGUACUGUACAUCUAUUAAAGCCUUAGAUUAUUACAUUACGGGUUGGAACCCAUACCAAUGUAAUUUCAAUCGUGUUAAGAGAGUAAUGGUGACUCCACAUGUUAUUGUAGUUAGUUACAUUAUAGAAUAUUACUUAUUUUUCUUGUUAAAGUGUAGUUUUUCAUUUCCUACAUUUAUUAGAUUUCAUUUUCUAUUAACAAUUGAAUACCAUUUCAGUUUAUAGACUCUUGUUUUAGUAGAUUUUACCGAUGAACUUUUCAAAAUACAAAAAAAAAUUAAAGUAGUUUUUUCCUUCAUAACAUACUCAGUUUUGAAUUACAUGUAGUGUCAUAUGAAUAUUCGUAUUGUUAACUAAAUGAUUUAUAUUUUACUGAUUUAAUAUUAAAAGUGUAAGAAUGUCAGUCAUUGUUAGUUCUUGUCUAGUUUUCAUUAAAAGAACAAAGAUCUUUUAUAUGGAUAUCUUAUAAAUAUAUAAUCAUUGCUAAGUAAGAAGUUAAGUUGUUGCUAUCGCAACAAUCCUGGCAGACAAUUGAGUAAUAUUUUGAUGAUUUAUUUUGUUUGUAAUUAGUUAUUAUAAGAAGAUCUAGAUCCUAGAUAUUAGAAUAAAAUUUAUUUUCUACUGUAUCCAUUUCAAAUGUUAAAGUAUUGUUUAAUAUUUUUGAAAUCCCUGAAUAUCAGGCCUUGUUAUAAAUAAGCUGCAUAAUCAAUAAAUAGAACAAGGGACUUUUUGUUGAUAAUCCAAAUACUCAAAGUUUACGUAAUGAGAAUUAUAGCGUGUGUGCAAACUCUUGAGGGUUGAUUAUGCUGCAAUUUAGCAUGUUGGAACGUCUAGAGAGAAGGUUGACUUUUUGCACUUCUGUAUAUAGUCAAAAGAGAGAAACCUGUAUAAUAGUAAGAUCUUAUUUUGAAUAAAAACGUCUAUAAUUACAAGGAGUUUUGUUAAGGCUAAUAAAAUGACAGACUGAGCAAAAUUGCUUGCAAAAGUGGCACAGAGUUAGCACUCCAUACCCCUUCAAACAUGUUGCUUUGCUUUUUUGUGGACAGCUUGUAGUUUGCCAGGAUUUUUUCAGCUGGAAAGAUAUGCCAUCCUUCCAAGAUCUCAUGACUGACAAAAACUCCAUUGGGCCAAAUCUGCCUGAAGAUCAUUACCAAAAAUAGCAGGUCCUUCAACCAUUAAGGUGAAAUCAUGGAUCAGAUAUUCCUUACAUUUUUCAAAAAACUACUGCAUGUUUAAAACUUCAACAAAACAACAAAAAAAAAAAGAGAGAGAAAGAACUAUACUAAGGACAUAUACUAUUCAAAUCAGUUUCUGCCAAUUUCAGUGGUUUACUGUUCACAAAAAAAAAAAAAAGAAAGAAAAAAAAUCUUCAAAACAAGUAUUGACUUUCACAAAAUUUCACCCAUAAACAGGCAAACCAAACAGCACACAGUAGCUAUAGUUGUUAUGUGAUUGUUUUUUAAUUGCGGUAGGAGCCUGUUCUUUCAGCAGGUGAAAAAGGUAAAAGACAGUUCAAUUUUCACGGUUUUAAUUUUCAACUCAGAAGCACUCAAAAAAGCCAAUGUGAUAAUGGGCACUUGUUUACUGAAUUAGUGUAUCCAACCUUCACUCCAGCUGGUUAUAAUGUUGCACUUAUCAGCAACCCUACACUUUCACCUGCUGAAAGGACAGGUGUGCUUGAUUUUACUAUUAUGUAAUCACAACUUACUUUCUGCUUGUAGUUGCUUAAAAUUAUGUAUUUUGUCUUGGGCUGCAAUUUGUUUUAUGCUUAUUUUAUUAUUACUGCAGUAGUUGACUUUGCUGUAUGGAAAAAUAAAGUGAAAUUGCCCUAAUAAAACUUCUCUUUCUUAAGUAUA